AUGCAGCCUGAGAACUGCCCGGAGAAUUCUCAGCUGUACCGCUUUCUAGCCGAGAAUGGAAUGAUUAACGUUGGAUCAUAUGGUUUCCCUGCUGCGAUGCAAACCUUGUGUACCUCAUCUUCUACCUCCUACCAUAACAGUAAUUACCACUUUGAAAGCUCUGUGAUUACUGAUAUGACACCACAAGAUAGAGCUCUUGCUGCUUUGAAGAAUCAUAAGGAAGCUGAGAAGAGAAGGAGAGAGAGGAUUAAUUCUCAUCUCGAUAAGCUUAGAGACCUCCUUCCUUGCAAUUCCAAGACAGACAAAGCUUCACUCCUAGCAAAGGUUGUUCAAAGAGUUAGAGAACUGAAACAACAGACCUCAGAGCUUCCCGGACUUGAAACUUUCCCAUCAGAAACUGAUGAAGUCACUGUACUUUCUGGUGAAUAUUCAAGUGAUGGACAACUAAUAUUUAAGGCAUCUCUGUGUUGUGAAGACCGGUCGGAUCUCAUGCCAGACCUAAUCGAGAUACUGAAAUCUCUACAUUUGAAGACACUGAAAGCAGAAAUGGUAACACUAGGAGGAAGAAUUAGGAAUGUUCUUAUCAUUGCGGCCGAUAAAGACCAUAGCGUUGAGUCGGUCCAUUUCUUGCAAAAUGCAUUGAAAUCUUUACUAGAACGCUCAAAUUCUACCGAAAGAUCGAAAAGGCGAAGGGUUUUAGACCGAAAAUUAAUAAUUCAAUGA